ACGAUGAGGUUUGUGCUCGUGUUGGCCGUGGUGCUUGUUGCCGCCGUCAGCAAGGAAACGUUUGAAGGACACCAGGUUCUUCGCAUUGUGGCAAAGAAUGAAGCGCAGCUGUCUUUUCUGAAACAAAUGGAGGACAUGGAGGAGUAUGAGCUGGACUUCUGGAGGAAAGCAAGUGACGUGGACGCUCACGUGGACAUCAGAGUUCCCCCGCGAAGUUUGGAGGCUGUCAAACAUUUUUUGGAGAGCCACAACAUUAAAUACUCAGUCAUGAUUGAAGACCUGCAGGCGAUCCUGGACAAGGAGCAGAAGGAUAUAAACACCUUUGUCUGUGAAACCGAGUCUGGAAACACCGAUAGCUUUGACUUCCAUAGAUACCACAGCGUUAGCGAGAUAUACCGAUUCCAGGACAUGUUAGUGGCCGAGAAUCCGGAGCUGGUCAGCAAGAUGGUGAUUGGUCAAAGCUAUGAAGGGCGUCCGCUCAAUGUCCUCAAGUUUAGCACGGGUGGAAUCAACCGUCCUGCCAAUUGGAUUGACACGGGAAUUCACUCUUGUGAAUGGGUCACUCAGGCUAGCGGCACCUGGAUUGCCAAGAAGAUUGUCAAUGACUAUGGCCGCGAUCCAGUCCUCACUGCCAUUCUCAAAAGGAUGGACAUCUUCUUGGAGAUCAUUGUGAACCCAGAUGGUUUCUACUACUCUCACACUACCAAUCGCCUGUGGCGUAAGACCAGGAAGCCCAAUCGUGGUUCGUACUGCGUGGGGGUUGAUCUCAACAGGAACUGGGACGUUAAUUUUGGAGGCAUUGGUUCAAGCGGCAUUCCUUGCUCAGAGAUGUACCGGGGGCCACGGGCACACUCCGAGUCGGAGGUCAGCUCCAUCGUAAAUUUUGUCAAGUCUCACGGCAACAUCAAGUCCUUCGUUUCCAUCCACUCAUACUCGCAGAUGCUACUCUACCCCUACGGGUACACAUUGAGACCUGUCAAGGACCGGGCAGAGCUACACAAUUUGGCCAAGAAGGCCAUUACCGAAAUGGCUUCCCUGUAUGGAACUCGCUACCAAUACGGAAGCAUCAUCAACACACUCUACUGGGCGAGUGGUGCCAGCAUCGAUUGGACGUACAAUCAGGGAAUCAAGUACUCAUUCACCCUUGAACUGCGUGACACAGGACGCUACGGAUUGCUGUUGCCUGCCAACCAGAUCGUUCCCACUGCUGAGGAGUCAUGGGUUGCCCUCAAACUCAUCAUGGACCACACCUCCAAAAACCUCUACUGA